AUGGCAUACAUCGAGGAUGUCUCAGCAGCCACAGAGCGCACCGCUGCGGGACUAUGCGUCGGAAUUGGAACGAUGCGCAACUGGGUAAUGAAAAUAAAAGACCGGCUGAACCCCAAUGAACAAUCCGGGCUACUGUAUUGCAUUCCACGCAUAAGUUGUCCUUGUAACUAUCCACGGCAAACUGAACGCAUGAUCGGCUCGCGCAUACACGAACAUGACCAGGCUGUCAGACGAGGUGACGCAUUGUCGAAAGUGGCGGUCCACACCUACGAGACGGGUAAUGAGUUUAACUUGGCAGCCGCGAAAAUAAUCACCCACACGGGCAAAAAGACAGGCCGAGAACUGAUUGAAGCCGAGUCUUCGGAUGAUAAUUCAGUCAAUCGGUCUAUCAAUCUGGCGUCCGCAUACACUGCUCUCCGCAGGCAUAGUCGCAAGGCAGACACUGGCGAUUAA